AUGCCUAAAAUGAAAACAGAAUUACCUUCAAAAAUGUUAAAUUCUAGAGAAAAUAAUAAUCUUGCAGGUAAUCCUGUUUCACUUAACGGCCUCAGAAAUCCACAAAGAUCAAGAAAUAUUACUGCACCUACUGUUGAUGUAUUAUUAGAAGUUUCAAAUCCUAUUUCCUUAUUAAAUGAGUUACAACAAAGGUUUAAAACUUUUAAACCACCAUUAUAUGCAUUUAGUACAGAUCAAUAUGGUGGAUUUAUUUGUGAACUUGAAGUUUUUGGAAAGAUUUACAAAAAUUCUAAAUCAAGACCACGAAAACAAGAGGCUAAAGAAGAUGCAGCACUUUUGGCAAUUAGUGAAAUAGUGAAACAAAAUAUUCCGGAAAUUACAGAAUCUUUGAAUAAAGAUUUAAUAGAAAUGUAUGAUCCAGGAAUGCGUAAUGAAUUAACGUUUAUUCCGAAAUCUCAAACAUGGUUUCAAAAACAACUUAAAGAUUGGCCAGGAAAAAAGCCUCGAGUAAUUUUAUUAGAGUUCUGUCAAAUGCAUCAUUUACCAACUCCGAUGUAUGUUGAAAGAAAUGAUAUAAUAGGAUUUCUCUUUGAUUGUAGAGUUGGGGAACGUAUUUUUAAUUCAGAUAAUAAGAAUUUUUGUAAGCAAGCUGAUGCAAAAGAUUAUAUUGCAGCUAAAACGUUUUCAAUAUUAUAUGAAGAAUUUUGUGAAUUAGAACGACGAAUUGAGGCAAAUAGUCGACAAAUUGAAACAAACUUACAUUAA